AUGAUUUGUUGUAGCAGUAAAAAGAGUUAAUAUUAAACCUAAGAAAAAACGAAAAAGAGAAAUAAAAUACUCGCUGUACAAGAUUUUUAUUUUAUUUGAUAGGAAUUUAUAGAUGAGAUAAACAACGAAGCUAUGACUCUAUACUAAUCACCAAACUAACAAAAUCUUUCUAACAUGUUUUAAUAUUCUGAAGAACCUUAAACAAUUAAGUAUAAAGAUCUAAAUAAAUAUUAUAGAUCAGGCUCAAAUACAAAAUUUCCAAGAUCAGUUGAACGAUUAGCUAGUCCUAUUCCAAGAAUCAUACCAAGAAAAACUUCAUUUAAUAUCUUUAAAAGUGCAAAGACAAACCCAAAUACAUAGUUUUUAUCAACGAAAAAAGGUUUCACAUUAUUAGUGACAAAAAAAAAUUUAUGA